CGCUCUCUCGUUGGUUUAUUGUUACACACUGACAUCAGGAUUAUUUCUAACAGUGGCACUCUGUCUCUCCGACAAUGUGGACAUCAACUGGGAAUUUAUAAUUUUCAGCGACUAGGCUACUUACUGGUUCGAUCCACUCCAUAAUACGAGACCAGAGAGAGCAUCCGCCAGUUCCUGUGCCGCCCGCCCACCCGCCCGCCGAUCAUCUUUCAUGCGUCUCCCCGCACCCGACUCCACCUCAACCAUGAACUGUGAGCAGGACUUUGGAGAGGGCGACAUGAACGUCACCCUGACACUACGACUCCUCAUGCACGGCAAGGAAGUAGGCAGCAUCAUCGGCAAGAAAGGAGAAACAGUGAAGAGAAUACGAGAGGAGAGCAGCGCUCGUAUCAACAUCUCGGAGGGUUCCUGUCCAGAGAGGAUCAUCACCAUCACAGGGCCCACAGAAAGUGUCUUCAGAGCCUUCACCAUGAUCACCUUCAAACUGGAGGAGGACCUGACAGCUCUGGUAGCCAAUGGCACAGUGACCAGCAAGCCCCCCGUCACCCUGCGACUGGUCAUCCCAGCCAGUCAGUGUGGCUCCCUAAUCGGCAAAGGCGGGUCUAAAAUCAAGGAGAUCCGAGAGACCACGGGCGCCCAGAUCCAGGUGGCAGGCGACCUGCUGCCUAACUCCACAGAGAGAGGGGUCACCAUAUCUGGGAGCCAGGAAGCCAUCAUCCAGUGUGUCAAGCUCAUCUGCACAGUCAUCCUAGAGUCACCUCCCAAAGGAGCCACUAUUCCUUACCGGCCCAGCCCCAGCCCUGUCAUGAUGUCAGGGAACCAGGUGUUUGAGGCAUCAGAGUAUGGUUCUCACCCUCUGUUCCAAGUGGCUCAGGGAGGGAUGGAUCUGCAACAAGCAUACACCCUACAGAACCAAUAUGGCAUUCCCCAUGCAGAGCUGGCCAAGCUCCACCAGCUGUCUAUGCAGCAACAAGGCCUGGCCCCCAUGUGCCAGCCUGCCUCCUCGGGCCUCACUGUUGCCCCGGGUGGAGACAUAAAUCAAGUUCACCCAAAGUAUCUGACGGUGUUCGGAUGGUGUGACCCAGAGGGAGUAGAUUAUCCUGGUGAAAGUGGGCCAGGACCUGGCAGGAUGUAUCAGCCUCCAGCAGGAUGGGCUUUAACCCCCUCAGCCUGUCCCGGCAAGCCAGGGAAGAGGCUUUGGUCUGGGGAUCAGAUCCACACACACGCUGGGCUUCCCUGGUCCUCCCCCACGCUGACUCAAUUAGGGGUGGACGCUAAUUCCCAAACCACGUCCCAGGAACUGCUCAUCCCCAACGAUCUGAUUGGCUCCAUCAUCGGGCGCCAGGGCACCAAGAUCAACGAGAUUCGCCAGGUGUCGGGGGCGCAGAUCAAGAUAGGCAGCCAGCUGGACAGCAGCAGCGACCGACACGUGACCAUCACUGGAACACCAAUCAGCAUCAACCUGGCCCAGUACCUCAUCACUUCCUGUUUAGAGACCGCCAAAUCCACCGCCCAGUCCUCCUCCAUGUCGGCCCCUGUUGACCUCAACAUGAGCUUCACCACCCAGCCCGCCCCUCCUCCUCCCGCCGCAUCCUCCGCAGCCUUGGCAGCGAUGGGAGCUCUGCCCCACGCUCCCAUGAUGGGCGCCCCCUAUGCCCUCCCCUUGUCCAGCCUCCUGGGAAUGAAAUCCUACCCCUUCCUGGCACUCUCCUCCCCCUCCGCCACAGCUGCCGCCGCAGCCGCCGGCCCUCCGCACGCCGCCCUGGCCUCCUACACCGCCAAGAUCUCCUCCGCCAACGGCAUCAAGAAACCCGAGCGACAGAAGUUCGCUCCCUACUGAAGUUCCCGCUUCCCCUCUCCCCCCCCCCCCCUCUCCCCCCCCCACCCUCCUCCUCCGCCGUCCAAGUCCGUCCCGAGGAAUUGUUGCCGCUGUCGACCACUGUCCGUCGUCCAAUAGGAUGACCUCCUGGAGGGGGAAGGGCUGUUUGUAGUUCUUCCGUCUUGCCUGAUGAUGUAGUUACAUAGUUUCAACAAAAAAAAAAGAAGAACAUUUAAAAACAGUGUGUUUUGUAGCUUGUCCCAGACUACGGUUCAGUGAGAGCCAGGAGAGCUGGUUGGUAUAGCUAGUCAUAACCAUAUUUAUCUUACUGGCCAAGGAAGCCACUCGAGCAAGCCAUAGACUAUAUCGUCCUCUCUUCUUCCCUUCUUUUCUUCCUUCCUCUCUUUUCUCCUCUAACUCUCCCCUCUUCUAUUCUAUUUAUUGAUCUGUACGAGCGAUUCCCGCUGAGAGAGUUUAUGACUGCCACACUGUUGACUGAUGCUGGGCUGCACUGAGGCAGCUUGUACACAGCCCUGCAAGUCUACGUCUGCUCCUGUACACUACUUCCUGUCUACUUCCUACGUCCUACUUCCUGACAGUUUCUUCUUCUAUUGUUUUUUAAGUAUUUGAUGUAAAAAAGAAAAGAAAAAAAAAAGGUUUUUGAAAGCAAAUUUUACGUUUUCUUUUUUUUCUUCUUUUUUUUAGUUUUUAAGCGCUUUUUGUCACAUUGAUUUUAAAUGUGUUUAAUUUAUUUGAUUAAUUUAUUAUGAUGAGUAUUACCUUUAUGAUACAAGAAACACGUUUUGGGAUUGGGUAAUAUUAUUGUUUUUUUUUGGGGGGGGGGGGGGCAGCAGGUUACAAACUAUAUACUGUAUACUACCAGUUUAUUAUGUCUGGUAUUUCCUAAUGAGCGUUUAAUAACAGGAUGUUUUUGUUAGCUAGAAAAGUAGGGUUUUCACAACUGACAUGUCGACACCAUGAAACAUGCUGUACAAACAUGCUAGUGCUGAGGACUACACGUAUGUUCACAUGUCUGAUCUAUGACGAUGCAGAAGGCCUCUUUCUGGGUGUGCUAGCAGUGCUUCUGUCUCCCAGGUCUGUCUUACUGACAUCCUGUGCAUGGUAACUGCCCUGGACAGAGCCCAAUGCUGCAUGUUUGCUUGGCCUCACACACACACACACACACACACUUUAGCGCACUUAUAUAUGUUGACACACACACACCACCACACACACACACACAUCUUAGCACAUAAAUACAUAUUAACACACACAUUACCAAACACUCUCUUCCUAUCUUUCACACACACACACACACACACACACACACAAACACGCACACACACACAUAAACAUGCACACAAAUGCCUGAGUCUGUGCAUUGGCAGGUCUCUAUACUCGCCAGUGUUGACAAGGUGAAGCAAUACUAACCAUGUGGAGAGGCAGAGCAGUAGCACCGUACGCCCCAGACGCCCCCAGACGCUCAGACACAGACGGAUCCUGUUGCCAACAUCCACUGUAACUAACUCCUAACUAUUCAACUCAAUGGACUGUAAUGCAUAGAGUCAUUUGUUUGUUUAUCUGUUGUUGUUUUUUAAUGAUGAAUACGCGGUAUAUAUGAACUCACUUAUUUUUAUAAUAAUCCCAGAUGUGAUGAAAACUGUGUGGACACUAGUAACAAUUCAUGAUUCAUUGUGUAAAAAAAGAAAAAAGAAAUACACUUUUUUUUCUGUUUAUCAAACUUUCAUUCAGCUUCAUUGAUUUGCAUGAGUUCAACUUGAAUUGAUGUCUAUGCAAACCUGCGUGUCUCAAUGGUUUAGCCUGGUACUCUAUCGGAAGCUACUGCAGUGAAAGGGCUAAAAGGUGGGAUACAAUUAGACCCUGGACAAACACUGUGAAAUACUGUCUGGGGGUGCACUUGAUUCACUAUACUUGACUCCAUACAGUGAGUAUCCCAAUGGGAUGCUCCCGGAAGGGCAAACUCUCGAGGUAAAUCAAAUGCAGCUGAAGACUUUAUAAACAGUGUUUGACCCAGGCCCAGGCAUUGACCAUAGCUUUGUGGACCAUAUAGAAAACAUGAUAAUGAUACAAUCCAUGCUCUCAUUCCUUACCUACACUGAUAGAGCACCACUGUACGGUAUUCAAGACAAUGCAGUUGGAUUGGGAGGAAAGGGAAAUAGGACGCUCCAAUAUUGCACUUGAUAUUGAACAUGAGGUUUCCAUCCUGGUGGUUAUUGUGUUAGUUGAACACCGUCAUUCAGUUCUGUUUUGUUUUUUUUCCCCCUCCUCAGGAGAGGAAGUUUAGUCAUUCGUAUCUACCUGAUGUUUUGUAACUGUCUCUGUUUCUUUCCAUUCAUGCCAUUAUAAUGAUUAAAACCUACACCUGUAAUGUC